AUGCCUUUUCUCGCCCAAAAAUGUCUACCCAUCCCUACAAAAGACAUCCUGUCGUGGAUGUAUGACAACCCACUUUUCGAUCAAGAUAGACCUAUAUAUAUCGACGCCAGCAAUCCAACACACCACAUUACCGCUGCACAGGCCCAUGUUCUCAUUCGUCAACUUAUCGCCGGAUUCAAACAUGCGGGUAUACAGACGGGCGAUGUCGUACUAGUGCAUGCCUUCAACUCGAUUUACUACCCCAUCAUCGUCUUAGGUAUCAUAGGUGCAGGCGCAAUCUACACAGGCACAAACCCAGGUUAUACGAGAUGGGAAAUAGAACACGCGCUGAAGAGCAGCGCAGCAAAGAUGGUGAUUUGCGAUACAGAAGUGCUGGAAAAUGGGAUGAGUGUAGCCGCAGAAGAAUGUAGUCUACCUAGAGAACAGAUCUUGAUGUUAGACGAUACUACCUUUCAUCCUCCACCACAACAAGCGGCAGACGACAAAACAUCUUGGCGUUCACUGCUUAUGCAUGGCGAAGCAGAUUGGCAGCGCUUCGACGAACUGGAGACGAGUCGGCGUACGAUCGCCGGUCUGUUCUUCUCCAGCGGGACGACAGGGCUGCCCAAGUUGGCGAAACUGUCGCAUUACAACCUCAUCGCGCAACAUACACUAGUCUUCCAGGCGAAUCCGCGGCCAUAUCUUCUCAAACGUCUCAUUGCGCUGCCAAUGUUCCAUGCUGCUACUGCGCCGUCGACGCACUUCUCCCCUCUUCGCGCGGGACAACAACAGAUUGUCAUGCGGCGGUACGAACCUAGAUCAUUCCUUGAGAUGGCGGAGAAGCAUGCAAUCACAGAUCUAACGCUCGUACCCCCGCAGGUAACCAGUAUGCUAGCAGUCCCGUUGACCAAAGCAGAAAAAAGGAGGAUGUUGGCAAGUGUGCGUUGGGCGGUUGGCGGAGCCGCGCAUCUCGACGCUACCACACAGAAACACUUCCAAGACCUACUUCCACCGGGAUCACCAUUUACACAGAUCUGGGGAAUGACGGAGGUGAGCUGUUUCGGGUCCAUCUUUCCCUGGCCUGAAAUAGAUGACACAGCCAGUGUGGGAAAGUUUCUGUCGAACCUGGAUGUGAAGCUGCUGGAUGAUGACGGAAAGGAUAUCACGAACUUCGAUGUGAGGGGUGAGCUGGCGGUGAGAGGACCAACUAUCACGAGUGGAUAUGUUGGCGUGGCGCGAGAGCGAGACUUUGAUAGCGAAGGCUACUUCAGGACAGGAGAUGUGCUGUAUUGUGAUAGAAGAACUAGACUGUGGUACAUUGUUGAUCGAAAGAAGGAGCUCAUCAAGGUCCGCGGCUUUCAGGUCGCGCCGGCGGAGCUAGAGGGAGUGAUUUUGGAAUGUCCAGGAGUGGCAGAUGUCGCUGUCAUUGGAGUCAACGGAGGUGUCGGUAACGAGGAGGUACCUAGAGCAUAUGUCGUCAAAGGGAAAGAUGAAGUGUUGACGGAGCAACAAGUCAAGAGCUGGGUCGAGGCAAAGCUGGCAAAGUACAAAAGGCUCAAUGGCGGCGUGGUUUUCGUGCCGGCUAUACCGAAAAGUCCGAGCGGUAAGAUCUUGAAGCGUGUACUGAAGGAAGAGAUGACGGAACUAGCGACACGUGCGAAAUUAUGA